AUGGCGCCCAAAGAGGCGGCCGCGCUGUCGCCGGCCGUCGCCGCCGCACCCGCCCCCAGCGCCGCCGCCAGCGCCGCGUACGCUGCCGCAGCCGACGCUCCUUUGUCUGCAGCACAGCUCAGUCCAAACUUCGUGGAAUAUCCAUCAAGUGGCAUGAUGGGCAUGCUUGGUGGUGGCCAGCGACGUGGCAACAGCCCAGAAGUGAAGAGAGCCACAAUUGUGGGAAAUCCAAUGUUCUCUGCUAUGGAAGGUGCAGCUGACCUGAAUGAUGACUUCCGGCCCAAAGAGGACCUGCUGGGACUGGACGACUUCAACCUCACCAUGGACUACGACCAACUUGUAGAGUAUUUUGACAACCUCAAAGAGUCUAAUGCCUAAAUUAACUCAAUGUAUACCACCCUCUUCUUAUCUAUGUGUAAUUUUGAGUCUCAAAAAAAUAUUCACAUUUACAGUGCUUUGCAUUCCAUUUACCUGUUGACUUUUUGCUCGAAUAUUUAACCUCUGGUAAGCUAUGAGCCACAUUGUACAAGUUUUUGACUUAAAGCAAAAGCAUUAAAAGAUUAGAAAACUAAUUUUUAUGGGAUUUUUUAGGUUUUUUAUCUUCAGAACACUACGAAUUGGAAUUGAAAAAAAAAUUGUGGAUUCAAUAUGGUUCAUUGCCUAUCUCUAGAUAAAAUUAAAUUCUGGUAUUAAGGAUAAACAUUUACUACAAUGCAAAGCAAGGUAAAAGGUAGGUUUUUUGGAGUUUUUAAAUAUGUUGAAUUAAAAAUUAGAUGGAGGGAAAGACAGUUACAAAGACGUCGACACUGAUAGGAUCAUAUUUUUUCCCCAUUAUCAGUGGCAGUAACAUGAGAGAGAAAGACAUGAAAUGCCAUUUUUUCAACUCUAGUCAAAGCAAAUUUCUGCUUGUAAAAUUUAAAAGAUGGACUAUUUCACGUACUGAAACAUUUAUCUAACCAACCAUCCUAAAACAGUGGAUGCAAAGAAACCUGACAGGCACUUGUGUACAACUGAAGAAUUCCGCUGUCUUUCUGUGCCAGUUUGUAAUGCAUUCUAUGAUUAAUACUGUAGAGAUAGCUCUGAUAAAGUGGCCAUUGUCCCACUGUACAUGAUUUUGUUUUCAGUUGUCUGCAUAUAGCUUUAAGUAAAUAUAGUUCACAUUCCUCAUGAAUGAAAGUAAAACAUACAGAUUAUUUAUGUUGUAUUAACUGUACAUAUAUUUUUGGCUGAAUGCAUGUUUAUCACUGUAUUGGGUCAUAUCAAAGUCAAUAUAAUUCUACUGGUUUAGGGUGAUAGAAUAUUUAUACUGCAUUGAUAAAGUCGCAUUGCUCCUUCUGAGACAUGCUGCCGCAAGGGAACUCCCAGCUGUACAGUUCAACCAGUUGUAAAUGUUGAUGUUCCUAUGUCCCCACCUGGCUAACCACAUAUGGUCUGAGCGGCAUGUUUUGCCACAAGGCAUUCAUAGCACCACAGAAGUGGAUCCUUAAGUUAAGCAGUUUUAUACUGUGAGAGUUUUGUUGAUAUUUUUUGCAUCACUUCCAUAGUUUUAUUAUGGAACUGGUGCUCUUUUGUUUAUGUUAAGUAAAAUUAGGUUGUAGUGCUCUGUUCAGUUGGAUUUGUAAAUUUGUGUUAUAAUAUUUUGUAAAUAGGUCAGAAAGUAUUUGUAUUGUAUGCACCAUGACAUUGUUGCACAUUUUAUAUAAACAAAUUCUUCUAUGAACAUAUAAAGCAAAUAUGUAGAAUUGUUUCUUUAAGAAUCUUUUGUAUUCCCCUAGAGGGACUUCUUAAAAUGGCAUGGUACUCUGUAUCCUUUUAGUACUACUUCAAAAUUUGUUAAAAUUGGUGAUAAUAGUUUCUUGCUAGUCUAGCAAAUAGGCUUAGAAUGUAGUGAAACAUAUAAUAAAUUGUGAGGUAAAAUAUAUCUAGUCUGGAGUGGAUAAAAAAAUCCUUUAAAAAAAUGGUAGCUUGCUUGGUGUUGUUAUAGGAAAAAUCAAAAUCCAAUAUGGGACGAACUGCAAUUGGCAUUCGAAAAUGACAAGUUCAUCCAGCCAAAUGCAGUAUUUUGUUUCACAGGGGUUGGUAAGACCUUGCAAAAUAUAUAACUGAAUGAGCAUUGUGUAGGUGAGCAUUUUAGUGUUUCUAACAAAUCUAUGUACUGUACACUCCAUGUCGUGCAAGUGUAUACAUAUCCGUUACUGUGUGGAUGAUGCUGUAACGAUUGAUCGAGUCGUAAUACGUACAACUUUACACCCGCUCAGCUUUCUGUAAAUUGAACCCAAAAUGAUAUUAGCAUGAUGUAGCAUUUUUACAAGAUACAUUUAAAAGAAAUAUAUUGACAAUGAUUGUUAACUCUACAUCAUAAUCUGUGCUCAAGCUACUAUCAUAGCCUGUAUGUUGUGAAAUAACUGGAUCCACUAUUACUACUCCACAAAUGGUGAGAGUGCAUUUCCAGGUAGCAUUUGGAAGCAGAAAUACCAGUCAAAGUGCUAACUUUAGAAUGAGGUAACAUGUACCAACAACUGCAUGUAGAAAAUCAUAAAUUAUCCUUGCAAAUACUCCAUUGUUGG